CUAUAUUUUAUCUUCAAUCAUUAUCAACAAAUAUCGACAGUCCGUCGAUUAUCAAACGAUAACUAGGUCAGUUUGCGUUGAUCAACCGUUAGGGGAGCAGACGUCGCAAUCUGUUAGCUAAGUUUCAACAUGUGUACGGUUUUCGUUCGUACUAUACCACUUUCUCUAAUCAGGCAAUAUUUAGCAAAUUUCUUGUGUAUAUCAACGUGCCAAUUUAAGUUGUAAUAAAGCAUCUCGAAAAAUAUCUUGGAAAAGUUUUCCAUUACUUGAGAAUCAUGCCAAAAAAGGGCAGUAAUUCCAAGCGAGGCAGCUUCGCGCACGCAAGUGCAGGAUCAACUUCGUCGAAAUCUGCAAAUCAUCAAGUGAAGUCAUCUGGAAGAGGUAAAGGUGAGCCACUGAUUGUCUCGGAUGAGGAUUCUCAGCCUGAUACAGUCAGUGUUGUAAGCUCAGUAUCUGAUAAUCGGAGUGUUUUGGAGGAGGGAGGUGAAACUGAUGAAAGAACACAAGUUGAAAUCCUUGAAGACAAACUGAAAGAGUUUAUUGAUUUGACUACACAAAAGUCUUCACAGGGUCGUGUAAAUUCCUUUAAUGCUCUUUGUCAAGCCUUUAGUGCCAAAUACAUGCCUGAUUUUGUGGCUGGUCGGCGCAUGACGCUGUUGGAUUGUGCGGAGAGGGGUAUGAAAAAAGGGAAAGGAACAGAGCAGGAAUCAGCUGCUAAACUUAUGGCACUUCUGUGUCUUCAACUGGGUUCAGUUGCAGAUAGUGAGUCAAUCUACAGGGAUCACAAAACUUACCUUCUCUCUCUCAUGGCUGACAAAAGUGCCAGUCCGGCUGCUCGCGCUCAGGUCUGUUCUACGUUUGGCCUUUGCGCAUUCUUGGCUGAUUGCGACCUCUCUGAAAUAGUUCAAGUAAUGAUAGCCCUCGAGUGCAUUUUUAGCGCAAGUCUUCGGGUUCCCGAAAAUACGGUUACUUCACCCGAUGUACUUCGUCUUCAUUCAGCCGCACUUGGCGCCUGGUCUUUAUUGCUAACUCUAUUACCUCCGCGGCAUAUUUACGAUCUGAGUCAAACUCAUAUUCGACGCCUAGUCCAGCUGCUCGAUUCAACCGACGUUGAUUUGCGUAUUGGUGCCGGAGAAGCUAUCGCUCUCAUCUACGAGGGAGCUCGAGUAUUUGAUGAAGAUUUUGGCUUUGACAUAUCUACCGAAGAAGAAACAGAUGAUCAUGAUGGCAUUCAGCAAAUGGAUUCAGCUUCACGACAUACGUCUGAGAUGGAUGAAUUGUGUACCAAACUAAGACAGUUGGCUACAGAUUCACAUAAAUAUCGAGCAAAGAAAGAUAGAAAGCAACAGCGCUCGAGUUUCAGAGACAUAUUGCAUGCCAUUGAGGAAAAUGAGGCACCUGAUGUCCGCAUCAAGUUUGGCAAAGAAACACUUGACAUAGACUCAUGGGGAUGCAAACACCAGUACGAUAGCUUCUGCCAGUUACUGGGGUCAGGAAUGAAUUUGCAUUUGUCGCAAAAUGAAUUACUGCGGGAAAUCUUCAAUUUAGGAAAUCCGCUGUUAGACAACGCCUCCAACGUCGUCAAGAUAAAGAAAUUGGAACGCCAUCAUAUGAAUAUGGCGGCAUUCAAAGCCCGUUCGCUUACCAGAGGAAAAAAUCGGGACAAACGAACAGCCGUUUUUUAGAAACUAAAUCGUUUACCGUCGUGGGUGUUGAGAGUAUCAAACCGGUUUUGCCUGAGAUAUAUGCCGUUUUUGUUCAUUCUCAUCAUGGCACUGACAUUUAUUUUCAGUUAUUUCUUGUUUGGAAAAAUAUCGUGUUUUUUUUUUCUUCUGACAUUUUCCCCGACAGUGUUCGUCAUGUUUCGGUGAAACUACGUCACGAAUGGUAUGUAAAGUCAUGAUGCGUAGGUCACAUCUUUGCUCUUUGACCACAUGAUCUGUGUAAUCGUUAAUCGGGACGUUUUUAAAAAUCUCGCUUGCAACACCAAAUCCAGAUAAAAAAGCUUUUUUUUAACAAAAACUUUUAUGCGAGCACUGAUACUUAAAAUCGACUGGCAGGAAUAUAUUGUUCUCAAACGCAAAACGAGUAAAAGUAGGCUAUACGCUGUGACAAUUAUCAUACUGUGGACGUUUAACGAACCUACGUUUAGUGGAAAUACAAGAAUUCUAAGACAAA